GUGCGCGUGCGUGUGCUGGAGCCGUCUCCCGCUACACACGUACACACAUACAAACACACACACGCACGCACACACGGGGCACGAGCAGCAGCUGAUCUAGCACGGCGGCCAGGUGCACACUCCCUCACUCCCACUACUCACCCACACAGCUCUCACUCCCGCUCUCACACUAGCGUGGCAGCCUCACUCGGCCACCCUCACCUGGAGACCUCCCGCCCCGCGCACUCUUGCAGGAUAAGGAGUGCUGGGAGGGUGUCGAGGAGCCUGGCCGCGGUAAAGACUUGGAUACAAGAACGUGGGCCAGUUGUUACACUCCACCGGCUUUGAGAACUCUUGAAGUAUUUGAAGUAGCCAGUGGGUACUGUCUUUUUUUCGGUUUGCUUUCUCUUGCUCGGCUCCCUCCCCUCGGCACGUGGUGGUGUGCUAAAAAGCUUUAAUCUUGUGAUCUUGUGCCAGAGAGAGUGGCAACGCACUUGGUCAUUCGUUCAGACCACUAAAAGUUUGCUGGGACUGGAUACGUCACGUCAUGCAGAGAAGCUGGUAACGCAGAAGACGCUGCUAUCACUCUAACUUUCAGUGUGACACGCCACCAGCACCACUGAACUCUAAGAGGUCCUGGAGCCUGACAGAGAGUGCAGAGACAUGGCACGAGAUUGAAUCAUGUAGCUGAGGAAACAAAUUCGGGCAAGAAGGAGGCGCGUAGCAACACUGUGUACAGCCUUGGUGAGACCGAGUUCAAGGCGCCUUUGUGAAUGGUGGCGGCGGGCAAGCGAGCGGGUGUUUGCUGUGCUUUGCUGAGUGACGCGAGAACCGCCAGCGAUGAACUGACGAUGAGAAACAGUCACUUCUCGCCAGUUUCACCUUUUCUUUGCAUGUAACGCAUAUGUAGCAGCUUUAAAGGUGCUUGUAGGUAGUUCGUGGAUAAAUUUCAGAACUAGCGUGCUUAUAAAGACGCUUAUUCCUACGCCUGUAUAUCUUGAUACCAUGAAGCCUGCGCUGGAACUGCUCGGGGUUGACAAGUGCGUGUGAGAAACUCCGACAAGUUGUCAUGUGCUUCACAAAUUGGUCAGAAAGCUGGCAGUAGGAACAAACUAAAUGUUGGGAAGCGGAGGGAGAGAGUCCUUUCAGGUGUCGCCAGACGGCCAGGAUCCCUCGUCCAGGAUGCUGGGACCGGCCGUGACCACUCACUCCUUGGCAGGUCAGGCAAGCACCGCUGUGAUUCUACAGAACCAAGGAACUGAAGGCGACACCAACACUCAGCAAGACUCCCUCAGCGUCACCAGCAGCAGAGGCAAGGCUCCUUAUCUCCCCCACCACAGAGCGCAUCGCCCUUAUGGCAACAGCAGUGACGGCCCUCGCCCAUUACGACCCUUCCAGAUGUGCUAUGACCAGGAGUGUGGGCACAAUGGGUGGCGGGGUGCUGAGCACCGCUACUGACAACACCGUGAGCUGCGGAGAUGACCUCACCUCGCUGUCCUGGCUGCACUCCCUGGACAUGGGAGGGAAUGGUGCCGCAUCUCGCCACCCCUCCCACCCCACCAGCGUCCCCCCAGCCACAUAACCCCUUACCCUCCCACAACACACAUGCACCGCCCUCGGACAGAAAGAGGAAGGUCGAGGCUCAAGACAAGCUGGACAGAAUCGACUACUCCCUAGGACUGGCAGCGCCAAGCCCCCUUACAGUUACGCGGCGCUUAUCGGGAUGGCCAUGAAAGAGAACCAGAACAAGAUGACCCUCUCAGCCAUAUACAAAUGGAUCAAGGAGAACUUCGCUUACUACAAGACGGCAGACCCUUCCUGGCAGAACUCCAUCCGCCACAACCUAUCGCUGAACAAGUGCUUCCUCAAGGUGCCUCGCAGUAAGGACGAGCCGGGCAAGGGCGGUUUCUGGAGACUCGAUCCUGAAUAUGCCGACUCUUUGGUGGACGGGGUAUUCAAGAAACGACGGCCGACGCGACACACUUUGCCCCCUCCCUCCAAGUCCAAAAGAAACAGAAGGCUUCCCUGUCACCCAUCACCGCAACAACAGCAGCAACAGCACCAGCAACAGACACAGCAGCUGGGGGUCAAAGUGUUACUGCAGCAGCCUCAAGCAGCCUUCAUGCCGCCUCCCACCAACAAGCCGCCGCCACGCGCCACACUCUACAUCGGACAAGACGGUACUGAAGUUGAGAGAGAGACAGUUGAGAAUGCAAACAACCUGAAAGAUGAGCUGGUAUGGUCCACAAUCCUGGGUGAGGAGGUCCACGAUGAUGCCUGGCCUUGCCGGACUCAGGAGCUGGUCACAGAUCUCAGCCAGACUGGUGACCCCUCCACUUAUCCCACCACCAUCACCACCUCACACCCUCACCAGCACAACCUGCCGCACCAACAACUGGACUUCAGUGAUCAUCUAGGCCAGCAUCAUCAAGUAAUCACCAUCACAACUUCCACAACACCCUCCUUGCCAUCCUUGGAGCUCAGUCCAGCAUCCUUAGGUGUUGAGGAAGAUCUGUUUACAAGUCCAGACUGCUCUGAGGCCUCUAAUGAUGAUGCAGACUCUCUCACAUCCUCUCUUGAAAUAAAUAAUGAUGGGAGUUGGAGUAAAGGAGUUUAUGAAGAACUUCCGUCCAUGAAUACCUUUUGUAAUAGUUUAACACAACUCAGGCCCUUGGAACCUUCCACUGCUCCAGUGUUGGUCCAAGAUGCUCAUGCCUGGGGACCAGACACCAACUGGGAUGAUUCCAGGACUUUAUCCCUACUUGAUGCCAAUCUUGACUUAGAAAACCUAAUAGACCUUGAUGAACUGUAAAAUCAUAAUACAACAUAGCUUGUAAUGUAAUUUACGUUCAACUUGCUUACGCUUCUUUAAAUGAGUCUUGAUAAUGACCAAAACUUUUUAAUUAAAUUGUAAAGAAAGAAUUAAGCAAUCAGUCCUUCUGAUGAGCAAUGUUACAACUAAUAUAUUAUUACUCUUCAAGGUUACUUCUGAAGUCCAAGAAUAACUUCAUUUUGUGAUACUAUGUAUUUCAUUUGUAGAAACACAUUAUUCUUUACCACAAAUAUAUAAACAUUUCAUUACUUUCUUGCUCUCCAUAAAUAUUUAUAUAUAUAAUAUUGGCAGUUAGUAUUAUUGUUAUUAUGUACUUCAAGUUGAAAACUGCAAAAUCUGUCACUGUAUUAUAGAUGUACAAGUAUGAUAAUUUAUUGUAGUGAUAGUAUUAGGAUUUUAUGAAACAAAAAAAAGCAAAAAUUGUUCUCCAUUUAUGUAAACUUGUUGCUCUAAUGUGAGGAGAUAGUACAUAUAUACUUGGUAACAAAAAACGAAAUGGGAAUAAGUAGUCUAGUCAAUAAAACAUUCAUUAUGCAUAACCAAACUGAUGCUCACAAGGAGUCCUGAAUUCACUGUGCCAUAGCCUGAUUUUGUAUGUGAAUGCAAGGAGUUUACUUAGAACUAUUUUACCACUUUGCACAAAAGAUAUCAUUAGCUUGUAUGAUACUCAAAAUAAGCAGUUGGCAACAAUGUACUAUACAUACACCACUUGGAUUGAUAGAUUUUGUGUAAGAUUACUUUGGACUGCUACAAACAUAAAGUAAUAGAAAGAUAACCUCAAAUUAUAUCUCAGUGUUAAAAAGAUUCUACACAUCACUGCAUGACAACUGACAAUAAGUAUUGCUCAUUUGUCUUCUUUAAAAAAAUAUGAGGCUGAUCUUUACUACUUCAUAUCAAACUUCAUAUUUCAAUUACAUUAAGUUCCUUUUUGCCCAUGUGUGCUUGUACAUACUAGUCAUAUUUGUUGUAAACAUAGCACUGUACUUAUCUAGUCACACUUCUCAAGUACAUACACCCUAACCUUCACAAAAUAUGAAUAUUGUAUCAUAUAAACAUAUUCCUAUGCCAUUCUUGUAUAUUAUUUUACGUAUUUUCUUGUAUGAUCAGCAUUGUGGUUUUUGUCCAAUUUGCUGUCCCAUGCUGAAAUGCCCUAGCCCUGCAUUCCGUCCAGACUGUCAUCUAGGUCCCACGAGAGAACCCUAGUUUUCUUCCAUCGGUACCUAGAGUGUGUGCCUGUGUGUCUGUAAGCUGUUGUUAUGUACCUGCUUCAAUGAGAAAGUGGAUUCCUCUGAAUGUAGCUUCCCUCAUGACAAUGCUGCUGUUAAACCUGCAUCAUAUGUUUUUGACCACUAUUAUUUAUUAUGAACAUUUCUCUUCUUCUUUCACUGAGGUUACAAAAUUUGGAAGCAUUAACACAAGGUAAGUAUACUGUGCUACAGAACAAUGAGAGGAGGUGUCAGAAUAAGAUGACCAUUCAUGUGUGACCUACAGGCUGUCAGAGAUACAAACACCUCUGGACAUAUUAAGACACUGAUAAACUUGCUUUGAUCACUUUUUACAAAGAAAAUCAUUAUCAUGGGGGACAAAAAGAGAAACUCUCAAAUGCUUUCAUCAGUGCAUUAAAAAAAAUUCCAGUAUGGAAAUAACAAAACAAAGUAAUGUAAAGAGUUCAUAUUAAAUGAAUAGAAGAAUACAUAAAUGUGGAAAGAAUUAAAUACAUAGAUGGCAUUAAGAAGCAUGAGUACAUGGUGUGAAUGAUGAUUCUGACUAACUGGUUUGCUGAGAGGAACUGAGACAAAACUGUACAUUUGUCUCUUGAAUAAAUGAUGUGUGGAUGCGUUGGUGAGAAAUUUUUAUGAUAAUUUCUUAAUGAUCGUAAAUAUUACUUAUUAUAUGAGUGAACAUAGCUGUAGAGAAAUUUUUAGUAGUAGAAGCACCAUUAACACUAGAUGAAACUUAAGAACCCUGCAUUUGGUAACCACAAAUGAAAAGAAAUUAUACUACAUGUUAUUAAAGGCAAUGUAUAAAAUCACUGUGCUAUAAAACUAUAUGCUAAUGACA